UUAAAUUUCACGUACUUAAAGACGUGACAAUCAACAUAGCAGAAAUUGAAACGUUUAACAAAGAUUCCUGAACACGCUGCUGCGCUGCCUCGGGUGUGCUUCCCGAUGCUAAAUUAGAUAAUUAUGAUAUUAUGCCUGCACCUCCAUUUCUGUAGGCAUUGCCUCUAGUUGUGAGCUACUAAGAAAGUACGUACGGAAUUGAUCUUCCUCUGGUAUUCGAAUUGCCUUUAGCCAUCAUUUCAUAAAUUAAUAAUAAUGUCCGCAUUAACGGAUCCUGAACUUGUGCUGAUAUUUGACACUAACGUCAUUAUUUACGAGAAAAAGAAAACGGAGGAAGAUGACCAGCCUGCCCAGCUGGAAUGCAUGUCACUGCUUGAGGAAAUGGCUCGUCAUGGAAAAUGCGGGAAACUAAAAAAUCCUAUUCUGAUUAUCAUCCCAAAGGCGGUGCUCCAGGAAAUCCAGAUAUUAGGAAACAGCAACAGUAACAACAGUAGAGGAAAGGCCAAGAGCGCCCUGGACCGACUAGCGGAUCUACUCACCGAUUGGUACACGAAUCCUAUCGAGAACAUUCAGAUAGUUCUGCAAACGGAUAGUUCGGAAGAUCGUCUGCAAAAGGAGUAUUAUCCGAAGAGGAUAAAUAAACUGAAUGAACACAGUUACACAGAGAUGGCCUGAUACUUGUGUAUUGCUUGGAUUUGCUACGGCGUUUUCCUGACGCCGAUGUGUGGUUGGUUACCGAGGAUAAGCAACUGCAAGCGCGAGCCCUCCUGAGCGGCUUGCACGCAGUCAAAUUUUACACACUGAAAGCGGCAAUGGAGCUUGAUCCUUACGACGUGAAUGAACAAAGAAACAGAAAUGAUUAUCACAACGAGGCAUCACUGCUUGAUAAACUCCCAAGUGGUGAUCAAGAUUCCGAUCGCAAGCGCAGGAGCAGAAUGUUUAAAAACUGGCUUGCGCGAAAUCGCCUCUCUACGCUCAGCGAUGUGACGGCUGGACCUAAGCCUACGCUGACACAUGCUGCGGAGAAAAAAGUCUUUGACAUUAAAGAUAUGCUUGGGUUCCGUAAUAAGCUCUUCGAAUUGGUUCCCGCAUUCAAGCAAAUCAGUCUGCGACAGAUCGCAAUCGUGGGAGGUUUUGUGGUGGAUGUGCUGCUGGGACGAGAACCAAAAGAUAUUAAUCUGUUUUUCGUACUAGAAAAACCUAAAGGCGAGUUGAAGCCCACGGAAAUACACGAACUCCUGGCUGACCGCGUCCGGACUUUUGUUGCCGAGCUUAUGCAGUCAACGGAUCCAGGGGGCAUUUCGGUUACACGCUGUCGAGAGGUCUACACGAUUCUGGCACCGGAAUCUUGUUUGCCGUAUCCUGUACAAUUUGCAUUCUGCGCUAACUUACCGGCGCGGUUUAACGCUACCGACAUUACCUGCACUGAAAUUGCCUACUAUUGCGACGAAAUAAUCACGUCCGCGCGCGGUUUGGACGGCUUACGAAACAGUCACUUUGUCAUCAAACACCAACACUAUGAUUCACUGAUCAAGAUGCAGCGCAUUGUUCGUUACUUUGAAAAGGGAUUCGAUGUCGUCCUCGAAGGCUUGGAUAUGAAGGAAGUCAAUAAGAUCAAUAAGGAACCAGGAGAUACACACUUUAUACUUCCGCUUCCUUAUUUGAUCAUCAAGUUCGAAGGAACUCAGGAAAACAAAAUUUUUGUUAACAGCAUGGAACCUUCCUCGUGGGCAACUUGUCAACAUACGUCAUUGGAUAUUCUCUUGUCACGGAAUAAUGUUAAUGCAAAUUGGGAUCAGCACAACAUUCGCUGCUUGACCGACAACAGAUUCGGUGACUUUAUAUUUAGCGGGAGAGGGCGGGACGUUUUGAAAUCCGAAGCAUUUGCGCUACAGCUUGGGUUGCGACCUGCAACAGUUUGCAACUUUUACGCUGAAGUCAAAGUACAAAUGUCACAUGAGUCGGAGGGUAGUAUACAGUUUGAUCGAGCAUUAAUGCAGUUUUUCAACUGUAGAGACCUUCGUGAGUAUGAAAAAGGCGACCGUUUCAUUCAUAUCGAUAAAAACGAUGCAGAGAAAUAUCGCAAUGUUCUCUCACAAGCCAUAGAUAGCCAGAUUGCAACCAUCAAUACACGGCUUGAGAAAUAUAAUACCGUCCUUAAUAACCUGGACGGGCCAGCCGCGAACACACUUUUGCACCGGUGUUCGGCUGACCGAGACUUGUGCUCAGAAUCUCAAUGGUAUGACCGUUGGGGUGAUAACAGUCGUUAUGAGCCUAAGACUUUGAUGAGCCUAAACCUCAGCCUCCAGGAGGAGUUUGUUUUAAGUUUCAUCCCUCCGCCUUCAUUCUUUCCGCUAGUAUGGAAGAACAAAGCCGAUGCAACUAUUCCCGCCCGAGGAACGGACCCUAGUGAUUGAAAAUCUAAAAGCCGGAAAAACUUCCCGUUGGCUCGCAGAUUUAGUUAAACUAUCGUACAGCGGCUUUUAUUUAAUGCAGCAAUAAACAAUCUUAAAUUUUAAAUGUCAUAAUUUUAAUUGUCGUUAAUAUCCUAUUAUGCUGUUUAUAUAAUAGCAGUUAUUUUUGACAAAGCAAACUUUGCAUUUGCAACAGCCCUCCUUGGAAUUGCUUACA